ACGAUAGCUGGGAUGGACGCGCAUGGACCUUUGCUCCUCGUUUUAGGGUUCCCUUUAGGAAGGACCGACGCCUCAGUCAAGUUGUCGAUUGCUUCCACUCGCGUGGGGAUUCGGUAUUUUCAUAGGUGCGCUGGCAGCAAGCUGCUGCUGAUUCGGUCAUGAUUCACCAACCCGCAUUCGAGGAGGAUGCGGCCUGUUUGGCGGGGAGCCUGGGAGGCGAUGGCCACUUCACGUGCACUGCCGUGCCGUCCGUCACAGUCACAGCGCAGCACCAACCCCCCCAAGCCAAACCAAUGCCGCUCCGCAGGACCACGCACCGACCGACGCAGGUCCGGCUCGGCACUUGGGUGGGAGCCGGCGGGUUCCGCCAUGAAAAAAUGCCUCUGGAGCGGAAAUCCUCCCCGGGGCAUUAAUUUAAGGCCAGGCGACCGUCCGCCGUCCGGCGGACCAUCCGCCGAGUGCGGAUCGUGUAAAGAUACUGUAUGUUUCAGACGUGCGUCCAGACUCUGCUCGUACUGCCGUCCGUCCCAACAUUGGAACAUUUCGGUCCUUGGGAUCCGCGCUCGGAGUGGCACUCUCCUGAUAUCGCGCUCACCACUCCCCCUGAUAUUUACUACUAGAUUCCCGUCCCCCGACGCGAAACGUCUGAGCACCUUGUCGCACCGCACCUUGCCGCACCUUGCCGCACCUUGCCGCACCUUGCCGCACCUUGCUUGAAGUAGUAGUAGUACUGCAGCUUACUUCUCCGCACUAGUUGUAGCCGCAGCCCUCGAGUAGAGUCGGCAGAAGGCCCCGAGUAAGGCGUCACGGAUUACGAGACGCCUGCCGCUAGGAAGUCAAAUCCCAAGACGCGGUCCCGAGAGGAGGACGCGUUUCUGCUGCGCCGUGCGCUGCAUUGCGGCACGAGGCGGUGGGGAGCGCUGGGAAGGAGCGGUCGUCUGAAGAGAAACAACAAGUCGUGCUGUAACCGCUACAUCUUCCUCAGAAGGAAGUUCCUUGGCCGCUUUCAGCAGCACCUCUGGAGGUAACACUUGCACGCCGCCGCACCCCCCUGCCACAUUCCCAUGGCUCAGAGCCCGCCCCUACAUCAUGGCCAGCAGCAGCAGCAGCAGCCAGCUAGGCCGUCUGAGUCACCUCCACAAACGCUUGCGUUCGGUGGGCUGUCGUUUGAUGAGUGCAGGAGCGUCUUCCUCUCACCCAAUUCCCGCCAAGCAGCAGCCCAAGCCAACCUCUCGUCUGCCUUCGCCUCUGCCGCUGCCUCCCAUGCCGCUGCCUCCUUUACCGCUCCUCUCUCCACUGCUGCUGGAGCCAGCGCUGCAGUCCUGGACGCCACCGCUGCCUUCUAUGCGGUGAUGAGCGCAGCUCUGAGCGCCGACCCUGCAGUGGUGAGCGCAGCUCUGAGCGCCGACCCUGCAGUGGUGAGCGCAGCUCUGAACGCCAACCCUGCAGUGGUGAGCGCAGCUCUGAGCGCCGACCCUGCAGUGGUGAGCGCAGCUCUGAGCGCCGACCCUGCAGUGGUGAGCGCAGCUCUGAGCGCCGACCCUGCAGUGGUGAGCGCAGCUAUGAGCGCCGACCCUGCAGUGGUGAGCGCAGCUAUGAGCGCCGACCCUGCAGUGGUGAACGCAGCUAUGAGCGCCAACCCUGCAGUGGUGAACGCAGCUAUGAGCGCCGACCCUGCAGUGGUGAGAGCAGUUAUGAGCGCCGACCCUGCUGCCUCCGAUGCCGCUGCAGCGGUGAGUGCAGCGACCGGCCCCUGCUCAGCUGCCAUCGACGUGCCCAAGAAGCGCUCAAGGCAGGGCUGCAGCACGGGGCUUGGGGCCGACCCACCAUUAGAGAGCGCCCUGCUGGAUGGGCGGCUGCUGGAUGACCCGCUGCUGGAUGACCCUCUGCUGGGAUUCAGCCGCGACGACCCUGCAUUCAGCUGCGAAGACCCUGGCUUCAGCGUGCCACCUGCAGCACUGUCAGCGCCGCUGUCCACCCAACUUGCUGUGCUGGCCGGCUGUGGUCCCGGGAAGGUGAGGAGGUGCCACGGAGGGACUGCCCUCACCAAUGCUUGUGAUGGAGGGCAGGAGCUGCUGACCCCGUCGAUUGAUACGUGCACCGAGGUGCAACGCAAUGGGCCUCUCUUUCUCGACACAUGCCACUUGGUGCACCAACUCCCUCUCCUCAUGCAAGAAGCCCAGCCAGACCAGGGCUCUCUUCCGCUUCCCACGUCCCCACCUCACCUGUGGCUGUCUGGUUCCCUUCCUGCCGCCCGCCUGCCCGUGCCACCCCUGCCAUCCGCCUUCACCCCCUGUGCUCCCUCCCACCUGCCCUUGGUGAGUGAGCCUGAGGGGCAGGCGCUGGCAGUCCCAGCUGCUGGGGCAGCCGUGGCAGAGUGGGCGGUGGAGCAGCAAGGAAGCGGGGAGGGAGUUGCUGAAUCGCUCUGCCACCAUCAGCAGCAGCAGCAGCCGCAGCAUCACCUGCAGCAGCAGCAGCAGCAGCAGCAGCAGCAGCAGCAGCAGCAGCAGCAGCAGCAGCAGCAGCAGCAGCAGCAGCAGCAGCAGCAGCAGCGGCAGCAGCAGUUCCCAGACCUUCACGUGUGUGCACGCAUGUACUCGUGUUCAUUGCACCAGCCCCUGUCACAGCCUCGACCACACAUACCGCCACAGCCACUUCAAGAGCCACUACCACACCCACUGUCACACCCACCACCGCAGCCAGUGCCGCGUGCUCUUCUGCAGCCUCUCCAUUCCCAGCAGCCAGUGCACAAGGACUGUGCAAACACCCCUCAAGGUGCCAUGCGAAUGAUUGCGAACCCAAGGGGUUCGCGCAUGCGCACGCUCAUGCCGCGCCUGCUGCCGCGCUCACUGCAGCAAUCUUCGCCACACUCCCUGCCAGGCACUUCGCUGCUGCAGGGGGGCUUAAUCCAUCUACCAGGGGAGUUCAGGAAUCAUGGCGGUGCUUCCGUACCUCGGAUGGAGGAUACUGUGGAAGCUCACAUGGCUUCCGAACAUCUCAACACGACGAACCACUAUAAUUCAUACGGAGGUUCCACGACAAGUGUACUUGAAGUUAGAGGGCCAACCACUUCGAGGCCCAUGAUCGGUUGGGGGUUUGACAUGCCAGAAAGUGGCAAUGAGCUGAGGAGAAUAUGCAGCUUCACUAGUACAUACGCAUCCCCUCUUUAUACUCCCUCGCAAUGUGUCUUUGCUCAAAGCUCUUGUACAUAUUCUGGCUAGGUUUUGCAAUGCGUUUGACCAAUAUGC